AUGCUUCCAAUAGAAAAAGAAAAUUCAAGAGUUGCUACAACUAAACCAUUAGAUGAACUUUUUACUAAUGUCGGUCAAAAGUUUGAGACAGAGACCGUAAAGCAUGAAGGCUAUCGUUUUGACUACCCAUUAAGAUGGUUAAGAGACCCAUCUGUCACAAAAGCUAUUGGCUUUCGUAGAAUGAAGUUUGUGUCUGUAGAAGAUAAAAGUUUUCCAUUUAUUGUAAGGUUUCAUAUAGAUUAUAUAUCUGAAGGGAAACGAAAAAUGUGGGAAGAAAUUGAGCUAAUACAAGUUGACCUUUCAUCUUCUCUACAGACUGCGUUAAAAAAUAUAGAAGAUAAAAUAAAUUCAUGUUAUGCAAAAUAUGCUGAUGAAUAUGCAAAUACCGAGAGCACACUUUAUGUGAGAAUUGUAUAUGACAAACAAAAUUCACAAGUGUCAUUUCAAAUCUACGAAGACAAUCCAAAGAAAGACGAACAAAUAUAUACAGAAUUCACUGCAAUGUCAUGGUAUUAUUUGCAAAGAAUGUUA